UACAAGGAGAACAGCACGAGAAAUAUAUAGAAUUCUUUCAUAGAAGAGAUCCGAAUAAUUUUAUUAAACAGCAAGAGCGGGAUCAACUCAAGAAAGAAUUAUGCGAAGAGAAUUGGAUUGCCUUGAG